AACAACAACUACAAUUAUUUACAAAAUGGAGGGUGCAGAAACUGUCCACGUUAAAACGGACACCGCCGACUACACAUUGAAAGGACAUAUGUGCGAACUUUCAGCAUUUGCGUUUGUGCCUACCAAACGUGAUAACCCACCAGAAAGAACAGUAUUUAAUUCCGUAGGAAAGAUCCGGCACCCUGAGUCCACCUACGACCGACUCUUUCCACCGAAAUUAGGAUUUGACAACAAAUUACAUCGCUGUGACAGGGAGCAUGCCAAACUGCAGGGACUGACUGUCAAUGAAGAGGAAAAUUCCAAGGUGGUCCCCACUUUGUCUUCGUCUGUGUAUGGUCACCGGAUGCACAAGAGCUAUGACAAACAGGAUCGAGCUCAUGUACGAAUCGCAUUAGUUAAGGCGGAGUUCUUCAGAAGAAAUGGGAUUCCAUAUCCAGAAGAUAAAAAUUAAUGAACACUUGGAAAACCUUCCCCCCCCGAUGUAUGUGUUAAAGUGACCAUUAACAUUUGUAGUGAUGUCUUUCAAUUUAUCAUUGCAUUUGGUAAACUAUUUCAUUCAACUUGAAAGAAUGUACUGUUUAUGCAAUAAUGUAAUAAGUUAGGAGCUGUAUAAAUCAUAUAUAAUUUAGAUUCCAGUAUAUUGUCUUGUAUAGGUUUAGAAAGAUGAAGUUUAUUUUAUAUCAGUAUUCAUUUAUGCAAUAAUAUAAUGAGUUAAGAGCAGUAUUGUUUACGGUUUAAGCUGUCAUUUCUGACAUUUGCCAAAUGUGUUUUAAAAGUUGAAUUUGGCAAAUAUAUGUCAUUACCAAAUGAAUUACCAUUGACAUCCAAUAGCCGAUGAUUAAUAAAUCAAUGUGCUAUUUUUUUUAAUAAUUCUGUUUAGCUAAAUGAAUUUGGCUACAGAUUUUAAAAAUAAAAUUUGCCAAAGUGCCAUUGAUUCUUGACGUGCAGCUUAAACCCUGUGUUUGGUAUAUAAUUUACAUUCUAGUGUAUUGACUUGUAUAGGUUUAGAAAGAUGAAUAAUGUGUGCCCCACAACCAAACACCUAUUUCAGGGGCAUAGGCUGGGGGGUUCGGACCCCACCCCACCCCACCCCCGCUGAAGCAAAUGGUCCACUUUCAGAACAGUUUCUGGUGGUGCAAAACAAAAUAGAAAAAGUGUCCACUUGGUUCAUAUUCGAACCCCCUGAGGUCCAGAUCAUACUGCAAUCUCCAGAGGAGUAACAUAAUGUGAUAUUUACACUGCUUUAUAUUUACACAUGUGUGUCCUUUUCUAGCUUCCUUAACAACUGUAUAUAGUGGAUACGGAUUGGUAUAUUAUUUAUUUUACAAUAUAUGGUCAGACCUGCUUAAAUAGUCACCUAGAACACUUGUUACUGGUCUCACAAAUGAUAUACUGUGGUAUAUAUUAACCUGUAGUAAGCAGCCACCUGUCUUAAUUAGUCACCUAGAACACUUGUUACUGGUCUCACAAAUGAUAUACUGUGGUAUAUAUUAACCUGUAGUAAGCAGCCACCUGUCUUAAAGAGUCCCCAGUUCACUCCUUUGGGUGGCUGCUUAAUGUAAGUUUUAUCUCUGUGUGUUAUUUGUCAAAUAAUCUGCUAGAGAAUGUUACAAGUUUAGUUUCUUUUAAAUAGGUAUUCAUUUCCAUUUACUGGUAUUGUACUUUUUUUUUAAAACCUCCCAUAAUAUUGAGUAAUAUUUUCAGCUUUUCUUAUGUAACUGGGAUACAUGUCUAGAUAGGUUUCUUUAGCCCAUUUUUAAAACUUAUUAAAAACAAAAGUGUACAUUUUAUGAUAAUAAAUUUAUUUGUCCUUUUA